AUGGCCGCGAACGCAUUGACUCCGAUCCCUAACCUCGACGAACGUCAAUCUGGGGAAACCAAAAUCGUUACCCCAGCAACUACCAUCCCUCCUCCUGCACCAUCCAAUCCUAUUGCUGCGAGGAGGGUGUCUGUAUCUGCCGCUAAUAAACCGAUCAUAAAUAAACCUAGCUCUGAACAACCUGUCGAAGCUGCCGAGCUGGCUGGUAAACGCAUUGUAGGAUGGGGGAUCACUCAGGAAAACGACCAGCCGACCCCGGUUCUUGUGCUGUUGGUCAAGGGGGAGAAUGAUAAGGCCUCGACACGAUACGAGCUGCAUGUGGCCGAUCGAGGUGUCAAUCGUCCGCCAGCUCAACGUACACACUUACGUCCGGACCCUGGUUUCCUUUCCCCUGAUCUCCUCGGCCCAUACAAACAAGACUCGUUUGAAGAAUCCAGUGCCAUUGAGGCCACCAACGAUUUACAGCUAGGAGUCCGGAUCAUCUCGGCCGCAUUGGUGCCUCGCCCAGGGCGUGCUUGGGAGAACAAUGGUGCCGUUCGUCUUGUAGAACAUCUGGCGUUAAGGCUGGUACUUGACCCUCCUCCGGAACCCUCUGAGGCUGCGGAAUCGGGACUUGGUCAUAAUCGGACAGCCUCAAAAGGCGGUCCCAAGACAUUGUUUGUACGCGCACGAACAACUGAACGUGACCGCGCGCGUAACAACAAUCUUGGAUCCCAUGUACCAAACGACGGGAGCGAUGAAGAAGCCGACCACGUCGGGGAUCGUACUAGUAUAGGAGAAGAUGUUAUUUUGGUUCGUCUGUAA